UUUGUCGAGCUAUUGAACAGUGUUGAAGUUGUAUUAAUUAGUGGUUAUAUUUAGUUUUAUUUAUCUGUGGGUUUCAUGGAGAUAAUUCCAAGUCACUAAAAGAAACUAACAAAAUAUGACUAAAAAGUACUUAUAGUUUAUACAUUUGAAAGGGAGGUUAUGAACAAAGACCGCCACUAAAGAAACUAGUGUACUGGACAGCUGAACAAUAUUUUUAAUAUUUUGUCGGUCUACUGUUAUUAUUUUUUCUAAUGUGGAAAAUUUUCUCUUAUGUGUGCAUACUUUCAAUUUAGUUUUGUUUGUUUGGUUGUAAAAGAAGCGUUAUGCCAACUGAUUCCAGACGUGUGCCAGGACCUGAUAAUACUCUUCAAUAUUACUUAUAUUCUAAACAAAAAAAGACUUAUGAAGAAUGUGAAAAGGACCUGUUGAGUUCAGAAAAUAUUAGAAAGGAUGGACGUAAACCAGAAACACCUAGAAAGAUUUAUAUCAAGACGGGGGUUGUCAGCCAAGCUAAGGGCUCGGCGUAUAUCGAGGUGGGAAACACCAAGGUGAUAUGCUCAGUGUUUGAUCCGAGAGAAAUACCAAACAAGUCCGAGUUCAGUGUUAAUGGUGAACUCUACUGUGAGUUCAAGUUUGCAACUUUCUCUUGUAAGAAGAGAAGAAAUUUUGUGCGGGACCCGGAAGAGAAAGAGCUUAGUGUCAGUCUGAAGAGAGCUUUAGAGCCCGCAGUAUGUAGGCACGAGUUUCCAAACUUCCAAGUGGAUGUAUAUGCUCUGGUGCUACAGAAUGACGGCUCUGCACUAGCCGCUGCUAUCAACUGUGCCGGACUAGCCUUGGCAGACGCAAGUGUUCCUAUGUAUGAUCUGGUCAGCGCUGUCUCUGUCGCAAUUCAUGGAGAGUCAAGGCUGAUGGAUCCUACUAUUGAAGAGGAAAACAUCUGCAGUAGUGUAAACCCACAAGUAACAGGAAACAGAGGAUUGGCCACACUCUCAUAUCUUGGCAACCUUAAACAGGUGACGGAAUUCUGCCAGAUCGGCACAAUGGACUCUGACAUUGUUAUUGAUGUGAUUGACCUCCUGGAGACCCAGGUGAUGGAGGUGUAUCCAGUCAUUCAGCACUCCAUGGUAGCUAAAGUGCAAAAGCACAUCAAAGAGAAGAAUCAAGAGCCAAUGAAACAUUCUAGAUCAACAGCUGGUAGCGUGUGAUACUGAAAUGAUAUCUCUACCUAUCCUGUGGUGUGUGCAUCACAGUGAUAGAAAACAAACAACUUUGUUAAUAACAGGAGUUCCUUCCCUUUCUCUUUCUAUAUGAAGAAAUUCAGUUGUUACUACAAAAUAAAAUUUAACUUUUAA